AUGCCUCCACAAAGAGCUGCCGAAGCUUGUCCAGUUAGAAGAAAUGCCGAACCACAGGAACAAGGGGUACCUAAUGCACCAGAAGUGCAACCCCAAAUAGAGAUCACCAAUGUUGAGUUUUGUGAGGCCAUCUGGAUGUUGAGACUAGUUGUGACCAACCAAGCUGGGCAACGAAGUGAGAAUCGACAGGAAGUGGCUGACACUUCAAGUAUCCAUGAGUUCUUAAGCAUAACUCCACUGCGCUUCACUGGUUCAAGUGUUACUGAGGAUCUAAAAACAUUGUUGAGAAGCUUCAGAAGGAUGAGUUUAUUCGUUGCUGGGUUGUCUCCCAUGCCAAGCAAGGAAGGCAAGACACCUAUGCUAAUAGGGGAUAUGGACAUAACAAGGCUAAUGAUCCAUGUUCAACAAGUUGAGAAAGACAAGAAACAAAAGGGACCUGCUCCAUUAGCUGCUAGUGAACCUACACCAAAGAAAAAAAAUGAGUACAAUAGUCAUGAUUUCAUAGCUAAACCUGUCUAUUCUCAAGGUAGUAUGGAUGAAAGAGGUAGUAAUCUUCCUGUAUGUGCAAAGUGUGGUAGGAACCACUCAGGGAUGUCUCAUGAUGGCUCCACUGGUUGCUUCAAGUGUAGCCAGAACAGUCAUUUUCUGAGAGAAUGUCCAAAGAACAAGUAG